CCCCCAGCCCGUAUCUGGCUGAGCCCCAGCCAGCAUGAUCCUGGCGUGGCCCACGGACAUCUGCCUGAUGCAAUUGUCGCGCCACCGCCAGGUCCUUGCACAACAUGGGGCACCCAGCUGGCCAGUUAACGAUUGACCGGGAGUCGGGGGGUGGCCGGGGCAUAAAAGGCAGCAGCAGUGACACUGUGGCCGCACCCUCAGACCCUCCUCAGCCAUGCCCACGCUCACACUGUGCCUUCUGUGUGCCCUGGCAGCAGUGGCCCGGCCUGCUUCGGCGGCUCCCGUGGGCAGACUGGAGCCAGCGCAACAUGAGGAGCUGACCCUGCUCUUCCAUGGGGCCCUGCAGCUGGGCCAAGCCCUCAACGGCGUGUACAGGACUACGGAUGCACAGCUGACAGAGGCCAGGCACAACCUGGACCUCUAUGGCCGUACACUGGGGCUCCUGGGGCAGGAAGUCAGCCGGGGCCGGGAUGCAGCCCAGGAGCUACACACAAGCCUGUUGGAGAUGCAGAUGGAGGAGAAUGCUCUAAAGCUGCAAGCAGAAGCUAUAGCCCAGGCUCUGGGAGAGGUGGCCCAAGGACAGCAGGUGUUACAUGAAAGCAUGCAGCAGCUGGAAGUCCAACUGAGGGAUGUUUGGCUGGACCAUGCCCGCCAGGAAUUUGAGGCAUUAAAGGCCCACGCUGACAAGCAGAGCCACACCAUGUGGGCCCUCAUGGGCCACGUGCAGCGACAGAGGCAGGAGAUGGCAGAGCAGCAAGAGCGGCUACAACAGAUCCAGGAGAGACUCCACACAGCAGCGCUCCCAGCCUGAGCCUGCCUGGGCAGAACUGAGGACCAACCAUUCACACACCGAGGGACGCUUUCAGGCCCCACGUGGCCCCUGCCCAGGGAGGAGCAGCUGGUCUGCUGGAAUCCGCCAGGGCGCUGGGCCCCACUUCCAGCAGCGGAGCAGAGACAGAAGUAGGUGGGAUGCAGACAGAGAACAUGGCCCCGUCGCGGAGUGCAGGAAGGGCAUGUGCCCUUUUAUGCCCACCUGCCCCUCAUUAAAGCAGAGCAACAGCAUCUCACCCUGUGUGUCUGGGAGAAUGGGGACCUCGCUUUGCAUGAUGGCUGAGUGGCCCCCCUCCAAUGCCGAG